CUACCUCUUCACCCUUCACACUUCAUACUUCAGUGUGAUAUCUACCGUUUGUACUUUACCUCACCAUCCCGCGAGCGUAAAGGAGCUAUUGAAACCUACAAUAAUGUGAACGUAUCACUAUUAUUAGUUUUCUAUCAAGGUAGUAAAUCGCGGUAGGAAAGGAUUCUCACCAUGGCGGCCGACAACGACUCCAGUGUGCCUUCAAGCAUGAAGAAGUUCGUUGUUGGCAUCAUUGGUAUGGGUGAUAUGGGGAAGAUGUAUGCGCGGAGGCUUAGUGAUGCUGGAUGGAGAAUCAUGGCUUGUGACAGGGAGGAGUUGUAUGAGAGUCUGUGUGAAGAGUUUGCUAGUAGGACCAAUAUACAAAUUCUCCGAAAUGGCCAUCUUGUAUCCCGUGCGAGCGACUAUACCAUCUAUAGCGUUGAAGCUGCAUCAAUUAGCCGUGUUGUCGCUGAAUACGGCCCUUCAACCAAACUCGGGGCCAUAGUUGGUGGACAAACGUCGUGUAAAGACCCCGAGAUUAAGGCGUUCGAAGAUCAUCUUCCAAGCGAUGUAGACAUCGUGUCCUGCCAUUCUCUUCAUGGCCCUAAAGUAGACACAACGGACCAACCACUAGUCCUUAUUAAGCACCGGGCUUCGACCGAAUCAUUUAACAAAGUUGAGACAGUUCUUCGAUGCCUCCAUUCGAAACACGUAUACCUCACAGCUCACGAGCACGACCGUAUCACUGCAGACACGCAGGCAGUGACACACGCAGCCUUCCUCAGCAUGGGCAAGGCAUGGCACUCGACCCGCCAAUUUCCCUGGGAGGGCGCGCGCUACGUCGGCGGCAUCGAGAACGUGAAGAUCAACCUAACCAUGCGCAUCUACAGCCAGAAGUGGCACGUCUACGCCGGCCUCGCCAUCCUCAACCCCGAGGCCCGCAAGCAGAUCAACCAGUACGCCAAGAGCGUCACCGAGCUGUACAAGCUGAUGCUCGGCGGCCACCUCGACGAGCUGCGCGUGCGCGUUCUCAGCGCCAAAGAAAAAGUCUUCGGCAAAGAGCACGACCCUAAGUGGGCCGGCAAGCCGCUGCUCAAAGACGAGGUCCUGGACCAGUUCAGCCUCGGCGGGCCCCGCGUCGACCACACCCCCUUGCCCAACAACCACCUCAGCCUGCUGGCGAUGGUCGACUGCUGGAGCGCGCUCGGCAUCGUCCCCUACGACCACAUGAUCUGCAGCACGCCGCUGUUCCGCCUCUGGCUGGGCGUCACCGAGCACCUGUUCCGCGACCACGGACGUCUCGACGCCGCGCUGCGCAUCGCCGUCGAGGACAACACGUUCCGCAGCGACGACCUCGAGUUCACGUUUGCGGCCCGCGGGUGGGCUGAGUGUGUUGGGUUGGGUCACUUCGAGACCUGGAAGGAGCGGUUUAUCGUCACGCAGAAGUUCUUCGAGCCCAGGUUCCCGGGCGCGAUUGAGGUCGGCAAUGCGAUGGUUAAGGCGGUGCUGGAGAGUACGAAGGGUUAGUUAGGUUGGUGGUGGCUGUAUCAUGUGGAGUUGGUUGGCUGUCUCUUUAUUUACAUCGUGUGCCUAUAUUUUAGUUCUUUGGUGUGUCCGUCGCGUCAGCAUAUUAUUUCACGAAUGGUGGUAUAUAUACACCUCACUUAGAAUUGCAGAUUUAUAUUAAGAGCGCCUACAUAUCUUGCACGCCUAUGUACCUACUUUUGAUAGAAUGACAAUUACUUGGUUAGUUCACC